CAAGUGCAGAACGCAGGCGCCAGAGAGAUGCUGGGGAACCGAGCAAUGUUGCGCGCCAGCGGCGGCAGGGCGGCAGAGUGGGGUCCGGGCCUCGGAUCGUUGAGUGCGUGUGGGCGUGUGUGCGUGUUUCUCCCGACGCGGUUCCUCUGUCCCCAAGAGCGUGGUCACUUCAAGGCUCCGAUUACUGUACGAGGCCGAGCGCUGACCAUGCGCAAGCUAAGGGGGUCUUUCUGACCAAUGAGAAUACCUCUUGUGUCUCUCCUGAAUUUCUAUUGGUCUAUCUGCUUGAAGUAAAAGCAUUUAAAUGGCGUGACGGAGAUAUCGUGGUUCCAAGUUUUGUUUCUUUCCCCCCCAAAAAAAACAAAAAACACUUUUGAGAUGUAAUUCGCAACUAGAGAAAAGAAAACUGAGAACCAUCAGUGUAGACGGAUAAUAAGAUUGUCUAUAAUAAUAAUAAAUAUAAGUUAAUUAAGAAAGAAAAAUGGAAUCCACCUUAAUAGCAUGUUGCCUGUGGGUGCUUUUGACGGUCUCAGGAGCGGUGAAAAACGACCUGCGUUGUUACCAGUGCAACGUGAGUGACAACAUCGCCUGCACAGAAGAGUACCUCAUGCAGUGUCCGGACAAACAGGCGUACGACAGGUGCGAGACGAGGGUCAGGAAGGCAGCGAAUGGCGAGAGAUGGAUACAGAAGGGAUGCGCAUUGUCCCCUUGCAAUCUAGGCACGUUAGAAGAACUGUCCUUGGGAAUCCACUGCGACUACUCCGCCCCGACUUACGAUUGCGUCACGUGUUGCAAGGGAGACGGCUGCAAUACAGGUGGUGCCGCUGGUCUUCCGGCCGCGGGACAGACUGUAGCGUUGGCGAACCUGCUUCUCGUAGUUUUGAGAAGUCACUUGUUCGAGUGGUUGUAAUGACAGAGGGGUAUUUAUGAAUGGUCGUCGACAAAAAAAUAUAAUAAUAAUAAUAAAUAAAUAAAAAUAUAUAAAACAUUAAAAAAUGAUAAAAAAGGUUGAUUUGAUUUUUAGUCUGGAUGCGAUGAAAAUAUUUUUCACCAUAAUUUUUUUCCUUUGGGCAAUCCCAGGAAACGAAUUGUGGAGAUGAAGACGUAGAAGAAGAAGGAAAAUAAUUAGAAUAAUUAUGGUUACAUCAAUGCAUGAAAUAAAAGGGAACAAUAGGUAUAUCUACGUCACAGGGCGGGCGGUACCUUCUCAAUUGCCGCUAUUUUCUAAUUAUGGAGGAAAUAUGAUGUCGAUGAUACUGCGAAUAAUAAUAACGAUGGCAGUAUGAUAAUUAUCAUAAUCUUAUGAUAUUCAAUCUCCCUUAAUAUCUACAUCUCAUACAUUAUAUACACAACUUUCAAUACCUCGUCUGUACGGGUUAAUUCAAUAAUAUGGUGUUCUUAUUCUUCAAAAUAGCACGAUUAAUCGAUUUACUAUUGGUCUAACACUAAGGUUUCUUAUACUUCCAAAACUUCAUAACAUUGUCUCUCCUGAGAAAAUAAAGAGGAUCAAUUGUCGAAAA